AUGCAGAUAAAUCUUUCUAACAUUAACACGUCGAGUGAUGUGAAAAAGGAAAGAGUGAAUAUCCACAGCCACAUCAAAGGACUAGGGGUAAACACGAACAUAUACUUACAUGAAAAUGAUGUAAAUUUAACAGACGAAAGAUAUUCCAUGUUUUUUGAUAACUCAUGUGGAUUAGUUGGACAAUUUAAAGCGAGAGAAGCAUCUUUGUUUCUAGUGGAUUUAAUAAAGCAAAAAAAGCUAGCUGGUAAAUGUAUCCUAUUAGCAGGACCAAGUGGAAGCGGAAAAAGUGCAUUGGCAAUUGGGAUAAGUAGAGAAAUAAACAAAAAAAUGCCAUUCGUAUUUUUAUCAGGUGCAGAAGUGUACAGUAAUGAAAUAAAAAAAACGGAAGUAAUUUUAGAAGCAUUUAGGAAAAGUAUACAUAUAAAAAUAAAAGAUGAAAAAUUAGUGUACGAAGGAGAAGUGGUAGAUAUGGUAGUAGAAGAAAAUGAAUGUUUAUAUUCAUUAAAUAAAGCAAAACAAAUUAAUGCUAUUAUAAUUACAUUGAAAACUGUUAAGGGGUCGAAAACUUUGAGAUUGGCUCCAAAAAUACAUGAACAAAUAGUUAGAGAAAAAAUAAAAAUUGGAGAUGUUAUAUAUAUAGAAACAAAUACAGGACAUGUAAAAAGAUUAGGAAGAUGCAAUGUCUAUUCCAAAGAAUAUGAUAUUGAAUUUGAUGAAUAUGUAUCUUUACCUAAAGGAGAAGUUCAUAAAAAAAAAGAAGUUGUACAACAAAUUUCUCUGCAUGAUAUUGAUUUGGCGAAUGCCAAUCCAACGGUAGGGGAAGAUUUAGCAUCUGUUCUGAAUUCAUAUCUGAGACCCAAAAAAACAGAAAUUACUGAAAAAUUAAGAGUAGAAAUUAACAAAACUGUUAAUAAAUUUCUAGAAAUGGGGUUAGCUGAAAUUAUUCCAGGGGUUCUGUACAUAGAUGAAGCACAUAUGUUAGACAUCGAAUGUUUUUCUUAUCUAAACAGGGCUAUAGAAUCACCAUUAGCUCCAAUAGUUAUUAUGGCAACGAACAGAGGUAUAUGUACAGUUAAAGGUACAGAUAAUAUUGAACCUCAUGGAAUACCAGUGGAUUUACUAGAUAGGUUAAUUAUUGUUAAAACUUUUCCUUAUACAUUAAAAGAAAUUGUACAAAUAUUAGCCUUACGUGCACACACAGAAAAAAUAAAUAUUAGUCAAGAAGGCAUGGAUUAUUUAGCCAAAAUUGGUAGCCAAUCUUCCUUACGAUUUGCUAUGCUCUUGUUGGAACCAUCUAGAAUUAUAGCUAAUCUUGAAGGAAAAACAGUAAUUGAUAUAAAACACAUUGAGCAGGCUGAUGAGCUAUUUAUGGAUGCUAAAACAUCAGCCCAUCGGGUUGCUCAGCAGUUCAACAAGUUUGUUAGUUGA